GUACUGUACUGAGCCUGCAGCAGCAGCACCCAGAAGUGAACAAAGCGACCCGGAAGCGGUGGUCCGACUGGAGGCAGGCAGAAAGAACAUCAACCUUUUAUAUUAUAGCUGUACUCGCAAGACAAUAUCUGCAAUCAGGACACAAGAAUGGCAGAGCCUCGAUUUAACAACCCGUAUUUCUGGCCGCCACCUCCAUCCAUGCCAGGCCAGCUGGAUAACCUGGUGCUCAUUAACAAGAUCAAGGAGCAGCUGAUGGCUGAGAAGAUCAGACCCCUGCACUUGCCGCCUACCUCCACCCCUUCCCAGCAGUCUUUGCUGGUGCCCACCUCGUCCCCGGACGGUAGCGCCCAGCACGGCAUGUCAGUGCCAAAGCCCCAGGCACAGCAGGUGCAGGGCCACCACCAGCAAGGCUCUGGACAACCAGAUAUCGCUCUGCACGCUCGCCCUGCCUCCAGCUCUGGACCAGAUGGAAAUAUGGACGACAAGUCAGCAGUGAAAGCUAAAGGAUUAUGGGAAGACUGGCACAUGAGGCAGCUCAGCGAGCAAACUGGCCGGGUCAACCAUCGCUCAGGUACUGCAGUCAGCUGGUCUCUGUGGUCUGUUGACAUGGGGAAAUAUGAAGAAAAUCAGCCUCUGGGGCUGAAAGGAAAUAACACAACUGGUCUGGUUCCUUCUUCCCGACCUGACAGCCACAACACCUCAGAGGCCCUAACCCCCACGACUCCAACCUCCAGCAGCCAGAACCGCCUGGGUGGUGCCCCUUCUGUGAACAUCAUCUCUGGGCUGGCCAGCGGUCCUGGCAUGGACCACAUGAAAGUUGGAGGCCUGGCUGGACUGUUGGGCCCCCCACCCAAGGCGCCCCGGGGACGGAAGAAGAUCAAGGCUGAAAACCCGUCAGGUCCUCUGCUGGUGGUGCCCUACCCCAUCCUAGCUGACCAAGGCUGCGUCACUGUCGCACCCAAAGAGGGCAAAACCUACAGAUGCAAAGUGUGCCCGCUCACCUUUUUAACAAAGUCAGAGAUGCAGAUUCACUCCAAGUCCCACACAGAGGCCAAACCACACAAGUGUCCCCACUGCUCCAAGACAUUCGCCAACGCCUCCUACUUGUCCCAGCACCUGCGCAUCCACCUGGGGAUAAAACCCUACCACUGCUCCUACUGCGAGAACUCAUUCCGUCAGCUGUCACAUCUGCAGCAGCACACCAGAAUCCACACUGGCGAUAGGCCGUAUAAAUGUGCUCACCCCGGAUGUGAAAAGGCUUUUACCCAGUUGUCUAACCUCCAGUCUCACCAGCGGCAGCACAAUAAAGACAAGCCGUAUAAAUGUCCUAACUGCUACCGUGCCUACUCAGACUCGGCAUCAUUGCAGAUCCACUUGUCAGCGCACGCCAUCAAAAACGCUAAGGCCUACUGCUGUAGCAUGUGUGGCCGGGCAUACACCUCAGAGACCUACCUUAUGAAGCACAUGUCCAAACAUACGGUGGUGGAGCACCUAGUGAGCCACCAGUCGCCUCAGAGGACCGAGUCCCCCAACAUCCCCAUACGCAUCUCCCUCAUCUGAGCUCCCCUGCUGCUCAGCAGCAGGACCGAUUCAGAGUCUACGCUAGGCUGGAGCUUUUGAGGCCCUGCACCCACAGCCAUCUACAUAAGGCUUACAUUAGCAUUAUGACAGCUGACAUAAGCAUUCAGUGCUAGAUUCAGUAAACAGGCUGCCUCCAUCCAUCUUGACACAAGCCAUCUGUCAAAAAUGAGCACAGCGUUAUUUUGUGAAUGUAACAAUACAGCUAGAUGUUGUCCGGAGGAUCGAGUGUCAGAGAAUGUCUUGCGUCAGAUUUAAUAAGCACUUUCGUAAGCGUCAUGUAAACUGCCGGAUGCAUUGGCCAUCAUAAAUGUUUUAGUUAGAAAUGUUUUUUAGUUUUUUUCCCUCUUCCAUGAAAUGGGUUUCCAAAAUGUGCCAGAUGAUAUUUGCCCUUAUAAAGAAUUGAGAAAGUAGAAAAAAUGUUUGCUGGGUGUAUUCUGGAGACAUCCAAAGAUAAUCUUAAAGCACUUUUAGGCCUUGUGGUUUUGGCUCAAAUUGUUUCAAUCUUGUUGGAUGGAAAAUGCCAAAGGGCAUUACUUGUGGCAGCUAAGAGUACUGACUGUGUAUAAACAGUCUUUUUCUGUUACUUUCAUUGUUUUUACUCACAUUUUUGUGCAAGUACAUAUUUACAGGGUCAUCUAAAUUUGAAGAAAGGCAAUCGGUAGAUGACAAUUUUAAACAUUUAAUGAUUGUAUUAAGAAGUUGUAUUAUUGACUUGGGGAGGCAAAAAAAUAGAGCAACAUGUAAGGGACGAAAGAUGAAUGUUUUUUAUUUUAUUUUUCUUCCAAAAUCUUUCACUCCAUAUUUGAUGUUCACUUUUAUGGCACCUUUUAUGGUCAUAACAUAUGAUCAAAUAAACACUGCUUUUUACAUUACGUUUUUCUCCUGUCCCAAUAACUAGUGCCAUAUGAACCGUGUUGAGGUUUUAAUAGAAAGCAAAUCUUGUUAUACUGCGUCUGCUUUCUCUACUCAGCUAAGCUUUGACUAUUGUUUUGUAAGUAUUAGAGGUUGAAUACAUUGCACCUGUGUCAGUGCCAGCUCUACUCAGCCCUACCUUUAAAUACACUUCAGCUGAAAAUAGAUUUUACUCGAGUGCUAAAUUUUAAACCUAAACAUUGGACCAAAAUGUGAAGUUAUUGUACAGUUACUCUGGCCCAGUUAAGUAUUUUGUUUUCUCUUUAAUAAGCUUUACCCAUUUGGAAUAAACUGCAGUAUAAGUCAUUUUCCAUAGGUCUAUAUUAUAAGUUAACAUGGAGGUGAUGCUUCUCCUUUUGAUUUAUUUUUCUCAUUUAGUAUUCUUUUUAUUGUACACAGUAUUGUUUGUUGUAUUUUUACUGUAACUUUAACCUCUGGAUGGUACUAAUAGGGUACCCUGUACUCUUCAGGGCACUUAAAGGGUGCUACGGCUAGACGUAAUGUUUGAGAUGGAACUGAGAAUAAUGUAAAAUACAUAUACAGUAUAUAGUAUGUUUUCAAAAGAAUAAAAACGUAUUACUAUAGCCACUGGCCUGAAAAACAGACAUUUACGCCAACAACAGACCCUGCCUCUUCAACUUACUCUCUCUUGAGAUAAUGGGAAAAUGUACAUGUUGCUGUACUGUAAAACAUGUUACUCAUUUAUAGUACCUAUUUUUUAAGUUUUCAUAAACAUGUUCUGUUUGGGUUUUGUAAGAGUUUAUGUAUGAACUUACUGUAAUUAAUUUAGUCUACCCAUAUGUUAUUAAUAUUCAUGUUUUAUAUCAGUUAUUUACAUGUAAGCCUUAACUGUUUUAUCAUCCCAUUUCCAUUACUCUGUAUUGUGUUCUGCAGUAUUCAGUCGUGUAAACAUUUUUAUUUUUUUCCUUCCGCAUGGAGUUCCGAAGCUGUAAUCUGUAUGAUAACUGUAACCCAUGUUCUCUGAAAAGAUAUUGCGUAGAUUUAUUACACUUUUUCCUGUCUUGCAUUGUGGUUUCAUAAACAGUUUCUAGACAACAAAAUAUGCACAGCCAAGACUGAGAAGUUAAACUAAGGUUAUCAGUGUUUAAAAAAGGAAAAAAAGCUUUGUAUCUUUACCUUGUUUAAUAAACAGACUGUUAUAAAUUCA